CCAACCACCUUGAUGACUGCUCGCGCUCUCCUUUGCCCUGCUGCCACUACCCCAGCAUCGAGUAUCUGCCGUGCUUCGCAGCCGCUGGCCGCAAUCUGCAAUUCUACGCCAUCUCAUGGAGUAAUGGGAUGGCUGCCGCACCGCGCGCCAUCAGUUCCUGCUACGACCUGGCUACGACCUGGCCAGGACACGCGACCGCGCCGAAGCAGUGAUGGCCACCAUCAAAUUCUACCAGCUUCUGUGCGCGCAGAACGCACGCUACCCGCCGAACGUGCUGCCUGCUGGUGCUGUGAUGUCCGCGCAAGGCCCUGGAUUCACGCGUGAGCUGCUGUUCCGCACUGACGUGCUGGAGGUCCGGAAGGUCGUUUCGCCAUGGGCCGUCUUCGCGGCCUGGAGCGGCGUGGACUUCAAAAAGCUGAAAAAGCUGUACCGCGCCACCGCGAAGCGGCAAGGGCUUGUGCACAUCGCCAGCAAGGACGCCCUCACGUUGCGCGGCGACGUCUACACCGUGGACCUCAUUCCGGUGGGGCUGCCCAGCAGGAACGCGUGGCCGACCGCGGAGGAUGAGGCACGACUGCUACUGCACGGCCUACUUCACGGGCUCGCGGCAAUCCAUGAGGCCGGCUUCGUGCACCGCGACCUCCGCUGGGACAACUUCGCGUGCUCUCCAGCCUCACCCCGUCGCUGGUUCCUGCUUGACUUGGAGACCUGCGCCCCCGCCGACCAGUCGCCGCCGCCCACCUUCGAGCCGGCGGGGUGGCAGUCCGGCACCACCCUGGUGCACGGCCUCUACACGCGCGCGUCGGACCUGUACCAGCUCUGGGUGGCCGUGCAGCCACGCUGCGAACAGGUCGUGGUAUCUGCGGAGGGGAGGGCGUUCCUGGAAGCUAUCGCCACUCCUCCAGCCCAGCAGACGCGCAGUGCCGCGGAGCUGCUUGCGCAUGAGUGGCUGCGGUGCGAUGGCGCCGGCUUGUGCAGGGCCGCGGGCGCGCAGACGGGCGAACGCUAAUGGCGCUGUCGUAGGCUUGUACUAGCAGCAGCUAGCUACGGUGGCUCAGAUAUAAUCGUGCUCUGGAGGCGGAGGGCGCAGGCUGUUAUGCUUCAGUACGUGUGCUUUACGGCAAAUGCUCCGGCGUCAACGCGCUCGCUGCUGGUGAAAUGGCAGGCGGCAAGGAUGCUGUGCCCCCCGAAACAGCGUGGCAUGUGCCAGCUCCUUGCGGGGCAUAUUGGCGGCCAUGGGCUUCGGCACAGUGUGGUCCAGGACAGGGCGUGGCGGCACCGCGUGGCUGGGGACAGGGCGUGGCUGGACGAUGCGUGUGAUUCGGGACACGGAGCGGCGGCACAUUCUCCACAGCGUUGGUUUGAGCUCCAUCAUGCACGUUGAAAAAUGAUCAAGCCGUCGCAUCGCUCACUGGUUGCAGAGAUAGCGCAACGGCCAAUGCAUUUCUUUGUUGCUGAACAAGGUUUGGGUUCUCACAGUAAGAUUACGGCGCAGGGCAGAAGCCUAGCCUUUGACGCUCUGGUUGACAAAGCGCGGGACGCAUGGUUCAAUCCAGCAGGAGAUAGAUGGAGUGCAAGGCUGUUUCGUUUUCAUUUUGGUGUGGACGAACGUGCACGUGCCUUUAGUUACGGUUUGCGCGAGGGUGCGUGCUUGCCUCCUCUAUGGUGUAUUUGCUGAGGUGGUGGCUUGGGCUGUAGUCGUGUGGGCUAGGUGCGGCGGCUUUGAGCGUUCUCGCCGGCCCUGCCCCCCUCCCUACGUGUGGCCUUGCGAGUAGCCGAAGGGUGGGCUUGUGCUUUCCCAGGUGGCUCCCGGGUGGUGCGAGCGCCGCUCGUCCUCUGUUUGUUUUUGUUUGGGCGUUGGUUUUGCGAGCUGUCUCCACACCGCCUGACCCUUGAGCUCUGAAAGAGCACAGGCAGGUGGCUCUUGUGUUCGCGGCUAGACUUGUUUUGCAGGGGCAGAACAGGUCUGCCAUAGGCUUGGGCUCCAAGCGCUGCUUUUGAGAGCGCUCUCGCCAGUCCAGAGACUGGUAGGCUGCAGAGGCCGUGUGUCGGGCCCAUAUUGGGGGCAGGCUCACAGCUGUAACCUUGAUGCGGGGCCCAAGGUUUCGACUGGGACAGCUGUAAUGGUUGGCAGGGAGGGUUGGGGCGUGGGAUGCGCACUGGGCAGGGAUGGAGCAGCGUCGAUGUGGGCAAGGGAGGCGCAGGCAGGGGUGGUGAGGAGCAGCAGCAGUGGGUGGCAGGAUCUGUUAGUAGGACAAACAAUUUGGGGUUGCGAGGGUGGGCAGGGACGGGUGCGUGGCGUGCUGCCUGUGUGAGCGGGGGUUGGGUUAGGUGCGCGGCCGGAAUGGAAUGGGUAGUAUGAUGCGCCGCCGAGCGGCGGGACAGUUGUCGAGCAAUGCCUUGUCAACUCCUCGACGUUCGGGCGCACUAAAUGUGAACCUAUGUCGCGCCCUAUGAUAGGACAAUGAACGUUUCACACAGACAUAUACGCACGCAGACUGGCAAUAUGCAUACGGCCAACCCGGUCUCACCCGCCGUUGAACCACCGUCCAAAACUUGCGCUCACGGUUUCCUCAAUUACGAUUGGUCUGACACUCCGACUGUAAAUCGAACCUUAU